UCUCAUAGCCUUGUACCGGUUUGGGCGCUUCGAGGAACGACGGAUAGAGCGUUACGCGCUAUUGCAUUAUCAACUUUAUUUGUAAGAGAACAUGGUUGAUUUUGAUUUGUAAUAGAAUGGUGGUAAGGACAUUUCUAUGUUCAGUGGAAAUUCAGUAAUGGGGGGUGCACGACAUGGACACCGAAGUCGGGGUUUAGAAUUUCAGUACAGCUUCGGAUAGCUGCGAAGCGCUGCUUUGUUAGCUCUGCAAUUGUUUGCUGAGCCUAUUUUUUUUAAUAUCCUACGCGUUCCUUCGCCCUUUUUAUCAUUACAAAAAUAAACCGGAUUCUUCGACAAAACGAUUAAACUUGCUCGUACAAAAUACAACAGUAUUAAAUUACAAAAUAUAAUUUUUAACAACUUUUGAAGUGGAAGGUGAACUUUGUGUUUUCAGUGUUUUCUAGUGUCGCUCAAAUUUUAUGUGAAAUGAUAGAAGAUAGAUUUAAUGUAAUUUAGGUUUAAGCUAUGGAUUGUGACACAAAUUUGUACAAGAUACCAAUAAGACUCGAUCCAGGCUCAUGGUGCAAAUUAAAAGUAAAAUAAGCGCAAAAUGUUCGCUCAAAAUGCAAAUACCCGCUUAAAAAACUGUCAAAGUGACGUUAGCCGAGUGAAGUGAGUGUCCGAAAUGUACGUUCGCUGCACAGCAUGGUGACGCUGAUGCCGUGUAGCUACCUCGGCGGCGGGUCCCCGCGCUGCAGCUUGGAGCAUACGGAGCCUAAGGCAAAGCGGCCUAGGUCCGACAACAACACCGAUGUAUCUGAUAGACUAUCGGGCGAAGUCAACCAAAGCCCUUGCGGGUCAGAGUCAACGUCAAACUCGCCGCCAUCUUUGCUCCAAGACGCGUCACUGCCGGCGCUCCUAGUGUCCGGGGCGUCCGCCAUUUUCCAGACCACGACGACGGCCGCGAACUCCGCGCUGAACGCGGCUGUAGAUAGCUUAUGCUUGCCUGGUAACUCGGAGGUGGACUGUAGUUUGGCGAACGGAUGUGCGACGUCGCUUGGGUUAGCGUUGCCGCUAACGUCAACCGGUGGCCUCUGUACAUCUACCUCCUCGCCAUCGGCGGUGGCCUGGUUGAUGAAUGAGGAUAGCACGGGCGGUGGCGUCAAGAGCGAGGUGCGCAGCCCCGGGCUGUGCGAGGCGGACGUGGCGCUGUACGGCGAAGCUCUGCCGUACGACCAGUCCACGCUGCCCUACCAGUAUUACAAUAGUAUGCAGCAGUAUGGCGGCGGCGGUGCGGCGUCCUCGUACGUCGGCUCUACCCUAUACAACCAGCCCUACGCCGCGUACCCUCCUGCGCACAACUCUAAUAACAGGUCGUCGUGCAAAGCGACGCCGACGUAUCUGAGCUACGGCGUCGGCGGCGUCGGCUCCGUGCCGGGCACGGGAUUCGGCGCACAGCCGUCGCCCUACUACCCCUCCUACAACGGAAGCCUGACACAGACCUUCCCCCAGCAAGACUAUAGUAGUUACGCGAGUAGCUAUGCCGAGCACAACGUCGCCCAAUACAGCGGGUACUACGCAACUCCUAGCUACUCUCCCUACCACGCCGUCAGCUCGCCCAGCAGCAGUGGGAGCGCAGGACACACUUCGUACCAUCUCGGCGGCGCGUUAUCAGAAUCGCCAUCAUCGAUGCUCCCUUCAUUAAAUGACAACAAUCCCUUAUCUCCAAUAAAAAAUGAAAUACAUGCAGCGAGCCGGAGGUGCAGAGAGAACUCGGGUGAAAGCACAAGCAGAACCCGCGGUCGGGGUCGGCGGAACACGUCCUCGUCGCCGGCGCAGCAUGUGCCCGAGCCAGCUACAGACCGGGUGUUCAUUUGGGACCUGGACGAGACCAUCAUCAUAUUCCACUCGCUGCUCACGGGGACCUACGCUACUAAGUAUAAUAAGGACACACAACAAAUAGUACAGCUGGGAUUCAGGAUGGAAGAGAUGAUAUUCAGCUUGGCUGACACGCAUUUCUUCUUCAACGAUGUCGAGGACUGCGACCAGGAGCACAUAGACGCGGUGGCGGCGGACGACAACGGCCAGGACCUGUCCGCGUACAACUUCUCGUCGGACGGGUUCCACGCGGGCGCGGGCGCGGGCGCGGCCUCGGCGCUCUGCGCGCCCGGUGUGCGCGGCGGCGUGGACUGGAUGAGGAAACUGGCGUUCCGAUAUCGGAAGAUCAAGGAUACUUAUAAUAACUAUAGAAAUAGUGUUGGAGGCUUGCUAGGGCCAGCGAAACGAGAACAGUGGCUGCAACUACGAGCCGAAUUGGAACAGGGCACGGAUAAUUGGCUCACGUUGGCCUGCAAAUGCCUCAACAUGAUCAACUCUAGGGAGAACUGCGUGAACGUGCUAGUGACGACUACGCAGCUGGUGCCAGCACUAGCCAAGGUGCUGCUGUUCGGGCUCGGCGGCGUCUUCCCUAUCGAGAACAUCUACUCCGCCACCAAGACUGGCAAAGAAACCUGCUUCGAGAAGAUCAAGCAACGUUUCGGCGAGCGCUGCACCUACGUGGUGGUCGGCGACGGGCAGGACGAGGAGGCGGCAGCCAAGGCCAAGAACUACCCCUUCUGGCGCGUCUCCUCCCACUCCGACAUCGCGGCGCUCUACAACGCGCUCGACAUGGGCUUCUUAUGAUUUGUGCGCGCCUGGUACACGAUACGUUUAGAUAUGAGGAAAAUGUGUCACCGAUUUGGCAGGAACUUAGAUAACAUUCACUUUAGCUAUGUGUUUAGAACUGCUUCCUUAUGAGCUGUGUGAGCCUGGUACUCGAGAUACGUCUGAAUAUGAAGAAAACUUUAUGCAGCAUGGAAUAGAUGUCUCAAGAACGGCAAUAUAACCUCUAACGAGUCUCCGAGUCGUAUGACUCGGACUCUUUCGCGUUACGACUUGAACCGGGUUUCUUACUAGUCAUGUGAGCCUGGUAUUCAAGAUUCGUAUAUCGUGUAGAAAAUACGGAGAAACAAGAACGAGCAUGACGAAACAAGCAUGAUGAAACAUAAAAUGAAGGCCAUGAAUUUGGGAUGUCCCGAACUUUGUCUAGCCACUCUAAUACCUUCGCGAGGACUUCUUAUAAUUUCUGUGUGCCUGGUACGCAAGUUACAAAAUUAUAAGGAAAUAAUUGAGUAUAUGGCGGAGGUUCAUUCUAUCGUUACGCGCUUGUUGUUUCUGCGCGCCUAGUAUACGAGCUACGUGACAUUGCAGAAACUAUGUGGACAUUUUACGAAUAUGCAAAGCAAGUAAGUCCAUUUAGGUUUAAAAUUCUCUAAUUUGCACUCAAGUUUGAUUUUGGAUUACGACCAAUGAUAUUAGUUAAUUCCCGCACGUCUCUCAUCUCCACUCAUCUCCGACUCAGUGGAAAGGUAGCCGAACUAAAGCCGGUAUGACUCAGUUAAAUUCUAGAAACUGUUAAAUGUCGGUUUCUUAUGAAAGUUCGCUGCACUAUUCGCAUACUAUUCAAAAGGUUCUGAUACCGAUUGUAUAGGUAACUACUAGAAAUUUAAACAACAGCAUACGUACACAGUCGCCAUCAGAUAUAUCUGAGCGGUCAAGCGGCGAAUAUACCCACUACCUACGUCAUGCAACUUUUUGGAUUGCUUGUUUACAUAAACGCCAAGUAUUGUGUGUACGGUGUAGGCAUUUAAUUUCCGUACCAUUUCGUAUUCGUACCAUGUCACAUUGACAAUAGUAUGAGGUCCCUAGCGACUUUCAUAUUGAUUGUCACUGUGACAGGGUACAAAAUGGUACGAAAAUUAAAUUAUUUCACUGUACCAAAAAUGUUUUAUUUAUAGUAUUUACAUAUUAAGAAACUAAGAACAAGUACGUUGUAAAGACAGCUAUAAAAUCUUAUAAUUUUGUAAAAAACGAUUACUAUCAUAUCAUAUGUCAUAUAAGCAGUGACCGCGACUUCAGUCAUAAGUACAUUAUUAUUUCUAGUUUCGGAGUAUUGCGGUCACUAUGCUAGAUAUUAUUUAGUUUUAAAAGCUCAAAGUCAGCUCAAAAACUUAUAAAAAUAAAUUUUAAACAUUUUUUUGUAUAUAUUUAUUAAAACUGUAGAUUUCUCGAAAGAGAACUGCGAGUCCAUUCCUAUUUAGUAAGUUUAUAUUCUAUUAUUUGUACAGAGCUCUAUUUUAUUGAAAGUAGGAAAUGUUUGAGAAUUUAGACUUGUAAGUACUGUUUCUGAGGUGUUGUUUUGAUGUUGCCGGAGACCAGGGAAUAAUGACUUCCAUUCAAACUACAAAAUUGCGUUGAUGAGGGCACAGCGAAUUGUCAUCUCGUAAAGCGGUGCGGAGCUAAAAUCCGUCCCUUAAGGUACGAGUUAGAACCCGGCGACGUGUCGCAACUGCAGAACAGUAGCGGCAGUUGGUUCCGAGUGUGUGAGAGGUAAUACUGAUUUGCGGUCGGGCGACACGUUUCUCGGCGACGCGUCGUUGACUUCGGGUCGCUGACUUCGAAUGGUAUUUCAUAGAAAUACAUAGAAACCAGUCGUGUCGCCGCGAUGUGUUUGAAGUCGCGACACGUCGCCGGGUUCCAUCUUGUGCCUUUAAACUGACGGCUCAGUGAAUCCUUGCAUAUCUAUAAGUAGUAGCAAUUUGCUUCAAAUUUUAAAAAUGUGUCCGUCAUCUUUUGACUCUGUUUUGACCAGAAUUACGAUCGAUGUCUCGCUAACGUUGAAAAAUAUACCAUCUUCGCUUUUGACGCAUUGAAUUGAUUAUUAUUUUCUGGUUUCUGAUGUCACUGUAAAUCUCUGUUGCAAAAAUGCAAUCAACAUCUGCCAAGCUAUGCGCUCCUGGUAAAUGGGAAUAGUGCAUCUUUCACCGUGAAUAAUAUUUGCAUCGAUUAUUUUACAAACAACGAAGUUCGAGGUCUAAUUUUAUGCGAUCUUUGCUCUGAGUAGUUAUUCGUUGUUAUUGCUAUUUAAUAAAUUAAUAAUUAUAAAUACAAACUUUGGACUGCCAUCCACGUCAGUUUUAAAGUAGCUAACACAGCUUCCUUAGGAAGGCAACAGCAUAGUUAUUAAUUGUAGAAGAGGUGCAAAUUCUAAGAAUAAAAAUAUGUUCCCGAGUAUAACUAGAUGGUAAUAAUAACUUUUACUAGCAUAACAAUGAGGUAUGAUUCUCUCGGCUACUUUAAAAUGACGUGGUUGGUUGCCCAAACUGCAAAUACAUAUUUCUACUGAGUUUAAACAGACAACCUGUUGUAUAGUACUUUUUGAGAAACAUUUAUCUAGUCAUACCAAGCAAACUUGGCUGCGAUAUGAUAGCCCAGGUUGUUCAAGUGUUUUUUUAACGUCAAACCACAGGGCGAACACGCCAUACAUCAAAAAUCAUUUUCGUUUCUAUGUGUGAACGGCACGUCUGUACACGCGUCAUGCGUUAUUGUGUGAGUAAGUUGCUAAACCGAACAGCGUUCGCCAAAAGCUCGUCAAUCUGCUGUCGCGGGGCGAGGUGAUUCGAAUCGGGGCGGGGCGGUGCGUGGCCGUUCUGUAUGAUAAUACUGGUUUACUGAUGUUUCGGCGAAAAUUACUUGACAAACUUUCAGUUCCCAAACUAUUUAUCCCAUAUUUUUAGUUGGGCGAAAUUUCAUUUCGCAAAUUUACAUAAUCCAACCUAACCUAACCCAACCUAGUACGUCAUUUUCAUUUCGCAAGUAUGGGGUUGGGAAAUGAAAUGGUUGCGAAGCAAGGUUAUGCCAACGAUUGGUUUGCCAAAUGAAACUUUGGCGAAAAGUUGUUUGCCAAGUGAAAGCCAAAAAGGAAGUACACCGAUAAUACUAUUACUUGAAUUUAACAAGUGAGUCGAAACCGUAAAAUGAUUUAAUAUUAUUAUUUAUUCUGUGGUCAAACUUCUAUGACUAUGACGUUUACUUAACACCUGCACCGUCUGGUCUACCAAAAUCGCUGCCAGCUUAGCUUGGUCUGACUACCUACUUCUACAAACGAACACAUAAUGCCGUUUACUAUUUUUCUAGCAAUAUUUUGAACUGCCUAUUAUGUUUCGUUAUUUCAGUAAGCAGUUGAUACAGAAGUUAGCAAUAUCUUAAACUAGGAAAAUUCGUCAUUUGUAAAUAACAUAGUUUAAUUUUAGAAUUAAAAUGACCCAGGCUUAUACUAGAUAUAUUAAAUUUAAUUCGAAAGUUAUUAUUAUUCGAGUUGUAAAUAAAAAUAUAUUAUUUCACAAAAUGAA